AUGGCAGGCCGUGACAGAGGCCGACGUGCACGAGAUUCAUCGUCGGAAUCGUCAUCGGAUGAGGAAACGUUCACUCACAUCCAGUGCUGGGUCCCGGCCUCUGACAUCGAUCUUGUCGUCCUCGCGACGUAUCUGAAAGAGUUCAUUGAUGACACAGCAACAAUUAAGCCUGCUCCGAAUCCACAGAAUACAUCAAAACAAGGCUUCUUGAUAGGAGCACGAAAUACUUUGAGUGUUGCUGGAUGUCGGGACAUUAUUGAAGAUUCAAGAAACUGGGAGAAGGAAAAGGCGACUCGUUCCUACCGACGAGACCCCUACUCCUUCAAUGAUUCAGACACAUGGCACAGUCGGAGAAAAAAUGGCGCAACUCCAGGUCACACCAACCCGAGGAGCAAGAGGAAACAGCCCGCUACAGAUGCUCCAGACUCUACGUCGCGAAGUUCAGCAACAACACAGAACCAACAAAGAUCUACAACGAACCGGCAUGGUCGCGACCCGUCGCCGGAGCCGCCACCCCGCCCUGGACAUCCACCACCAGAUAUGCUUAGCACUAGGAUACCCAAGCCCGACAUCAAUAAGGACAUGCGGAAGCUGAGCGUCCAGGAUCAGGAUACAGGUCGCGAGCAACAAAGGAAAGCAACAAGCAUGACAACGACUACUGACACAACAGCGAACCGAGGUGCGAGGAUUCAACCAUCGACAUCGACGACGACGACAUCUUCACGGCAUCGCGACAAAGUAGAAGACGACACGAAGGCUGGGGUGGGGUUCUCAGUGGCAGCGAGCAGGCGGAUCGACAAGACCGACAAGAUCGGCAAGAUCGGAAUGACCGACAUGCACGUUGACCAAAACAUUUGUGACGUGGAACCAAAUCUGGAAAACAUGACCAAAUCCGUGCAAUAUGUGCAGGCGUACUAA